UGAAGCGUGUGACAAACAGCUGUUGUGUACAAAUCUUUACAAAUCUUGUCACUACAUCAAUGUUAUAUGUGCAGUUAUUGACAAAUAAAUGCUUUACCUUAUUAAAAUCUUUAUGAAAAUGUCACACUCAUAAGAUUGUGUACGCCCGUGUGACGUUUAAUUUGUAGGUUAUUUUUCUAGCACAUUGAUGUGGUUCAUGAUGUAAUAGAGGAAGUGUUUGAGUGUUUAAUACAGUGUGUUUGUUGAAGUGUGUCAUCAGUAGAUCAGUAUGGAGUUCAGUUCUCUUCUUCUAGUGCUCUUGUUGUUUUCAACCAUCCACUCCACAGAACCUGCAGAUGUGAAACCAUCUCUGACUGUUCGGCCACAGUCUGUGUUCACUGGAGACUCAGUUACUCUGACCUGUGAGGUGCAUCAGUCCACUGGAUGGAAGUUUAUCUUUUACACACCAUCACAUGAAAACUAUGAAGCUUCAGGAACUAAAACAAUCAAAGUCUAUUAUGGAGGAGAGUACUGGUGCAGAGCCAGAAGAGGAAACUAUUACUCACAUUACAGUGAUCCAAUAACAGUGACAGUAGAGAAAAGACCGAAACCUCAAGUGUCUGUUUGGCCUGAUGGACGAUUAUUCAGAGGAGAAACUGUCAAUCUCACAUGUGACAUCAGUGAAGGAGGAAUCACUAACUGGCUAUACGCCUGGUAUAAAGAUUCAAACUAUUACACUCACAGAUCUCAACAGAAAUACACAAUCAGUUCUGUUAGUGAGUCUCACGCAGGUCAAUACACCUGUAAAGGAACAGAGAUCAGAGGACCCUCAGACACCAGUGAUGCAGUUACACUGACAGUAUCAGAUUUACCCAGAGUUACAGUGAGAGUAACACCAGACACAUCUGUGUUCACUGGAGAGACAGUCACUCUGAAAUACUCAAACAUCUUCACCAUCAGUUCAGCAUCUGAUCAGGAUGAGUUCUGGUGUAGAGGAGAGAGAGCUGGACGCCCCUCAUCCUCACAGGACAGUGAUCAUGUGACUCUCUCUGUUAAAGGAUCAAAACCAAAAGCUGAACUCACAUCAGAUACUGAAGGAUCUGUACUGACAGGAAACACAGUGACUCUGACGUGUCUCAUGAAUCAGUUCACUGGAUGGAAGUUUAACUGGUAUCAACACACACAGAACACUGAGAAGUCGACAACAGAUACAAACACCUACACAAUGUCCAAUGUUAGAGUUUCAGAUGGAGGUCAGUACUGGUGUAGAGCUGGAAGAGGGAAUCCAGUCUAUUACACAGACUACAGUGAUGUUCUGUGGAUCAAUGUUACAGAGAGUCCUAAAGCAGUUUUGAGCGUUGAGCCUGACAAACAGCUGUUCUCAGGAGAAACUGUCAUUCUGAGAUGUGACAUACAGACUAAACAAGACACUGAGUGGACAUACAGCUGGACUGUAAAGCCUUAUAACACAAAAAGAAAGUUCAACUGUGAGACUCAAGAGUGUAAAAUCAGAGUUAAUCAUCACCACAGCGGUGAAUACAGCUGCAUGGGAAAGAUAAAAGAUCAAAACUCUGAGAAGAGUGAAGCUGUUACACUGACUGUAUCAUCAUAUAAACCCAAGACACUUUUAAGAGUUUCUCCACAGCAGUGGCUGACUGAAGGAGAUUCAGUGACUCUGAUGUGUGAGGUUAACAGAUCCUCUACAGGCUGGACAUUCAGCUGGUUCACUGAACACAAUCUCUCCUCAGGUUAUGAUCUGGUGUCAGACAGCAGUGGAGGAUCUAAAGGAAACUACACUGUGAGUUCUGCUGCUCUGAAGCACACAGGAGUUUAUAUGUGCGGAGCAGAGAGAGGAGAUCCAGUCUAUCACACACACAACAGCAGCACACAACCACUGUGGAUCACUGGUGUUUCUUCUUCAGUGUCUCUGAUCAUCAGACCCAACAGAACUCAACACUUCUCAUCUGAAUCUCUCUCUCUGAGCUGUGAGGAUCACAGGAACUCUACUGGAUGGACAGUGAGAAGAUACACAAACACACUGGAAACUUGUUCAUCAUCAUCAGUCAGAUCUACAGGAACAGAAUCUACAUGUACAAUCAGAUCUCUCAUCACAUCUGACACUGGAGUGUACUGGUGUGAGUCUGAAUCUGGACACAAACUUCAUCCUGUUAAUAUCUCAAUACACAAUGGUGAUGUGAUUCUGGACAGUCCUGUUCAUCCUGUGACUGAAGGAGAUUCUCUGACUCUUCACUGUUUAUAUGGAGAUAAAAACCCAUCAAACCUCAGAGCUGAAUUCUAUAAAGAUGGAUCAGUGGUGCAGAAUCAGACUACAGGAGACAUGAUGAUCAUCUCUACAGUCUCAAAGUCACAUGAGGGUUUCUACUACUGUAAACACCCAGAGAGAGGAGAGUCUCCAAAGAGCUGGAUCUCAGUCACAGUCUCUUCACCUCGUGGUCUGUUAGUCGGAGUGGCUGUUGGAUUGAGCUUCAUGUUUAUGAUCAUUGUCUUGGUUCUGGUGUUGAGCUACAGAAACAAAAAAGGUAAAGUGUCUGAGUCUCCCUCUAGUGUCAGUGCACAGCAGAACAUCAGUCAGACAUCAGAUCAGAAACAAAGUGAAGACACUCCACUGCAGUCUGUUCAGUCAUCAUCAACUUAUGAUGCUCAUAUUUAUGACUCAGUUGGUGCAGCCGAUAAUAAAAACACAAGCACAGCAGUGACUGUGAGCGGCCCCAGUGAUGAACUGUAUUCACAGGUCGAGAGAAAGAAACACAAGAGCAAAGACAAUGUAAGUGCAGAAGCUGAUCUCACCUAUGCUGAGAUUGAACUGAAGCCUAAGAAAGAAGUGAAGAAAAAGAAAGAGAAGAAAGAUGUUGUUUGUGGAUCUAAUGAUGUGACAUAUGCUCAGAUUAAAUGGCAAAAUCAUGUUGACUGUGGGACAACAUUUAAAUCAACCAAUCAGGUGUAUGGGCCUGCACCAGAUCCUGAAUUGGGCAGGAAGCAGUCUGAAGAAGCUGUGUGUCGGGUGGGUGGGAUCACCUGCAAUACGGAGGGCUUUGCGGGUGAGACGGGUUCCAUAAAUGUCCUGGAGGGGGGGAGAGACACCAAUGAUCUUUUCAGCUGCUCUCACUAUGUGUUGAAGGGUCUUGCGGCAGAACGCAUUACAGUCGACAUACCACACAGUGAUGCAGCCAGUCAGAAGACUCUCGGUGGUGCUUCUGUAAAAGGUGCAGAUGAUGGGAGCUGGGGCUCUGGCUCUUCUCAGCCGGCCCAAUUUACUACUGGUAAAAUUCCAUUCCAUUUUCUACCGCUUAUCCGAACUACCUCGGGUCACGGGGAGCCUGUGCCUAUCUCAGGAGUCAUCGGGCAUCAAGGCAGGAUACACCCUGGAUGGAGUGCCAACCCAUCGCAGGGCACACACACUCACUCAUUCACUCACUCGCGCACUCACACCCUACGGACAAUUUUUCCAGAGAUGCCAAUCAACCUACCAUGCAUGUCUUUGGACCAGGGGAGGAAACCGGAGUACCCGGAGGAAACCCCCGAGGCACGGGGAGAACAUGCAAACUCCACACACACAAGUCGGAAGCGGGAAUCGGACCCCCAACCCUGGAGGUGUGAGGCGAACGUGCUAACCACUAAGCCACCGUGCCCCCCUACUGAUAUAAAACCAUCUCUGACUGUGAAGCCUCAGAGUUCUGUAUUCACUGGAGACUCAGUUACUCUGACCUGUGAGGUGCAUCAGUCCACUGGAUGGAAGUUUAUCUUUAUUACACCAUCACAGCAUGAAUCCAUUGAAGCUUCAGGAACUAAAACAAUCAGUUCUGUGCAAGUCUCUGAUGGAGGAGAAUACAUGUGCAGAGCCAGAAAACAAGAUGUCCCAAAGUAUUACACACAAGACAGUGAACCAAAAACAGUGACUGUAAAGGAAAGACCCAAAGCUGAAGUGUCUGUAGAGCCUGGUGAUCAUGUAUUCAGUGGAGAAACUGUCACUCUCUCAUGUUUCAUCAAUGGAGGAGGAGUCACUAGCUGGCAGUACAGCUGGUAUAAAGAUGAUUUACUCAUCCAGCAGAAUAAACAACAGAAAUACACAAUCAGUUCUGUUAGUGAGUCUGACAGAGGUAAAUACACCUGUAGAGGAACAGAGGCCGAUGGAUCACGAUCAUCAGACACCAGUGAUGCAGUUACACUGAGAGUAUCAGAUGUAAAACCAUCUCUGACCGUUCGGGCGCAGUCUGUGUUCACUGGAGACUCAGUUACUCUGACCUGUGAGGUGCAUCAGUCCACUGGAUGGGAGUUUAUCUUCACAACACCCUCACAGCAUGAAUACUAUGAAGCUUCAGGAACUAAAACAAUCAGUUCUGUGCGAGUCUCUGAUGGAGGAGAAUAUAAGUGCAGAGCCAGAAGAGGAAACCCCUCGUAUCUCACACCAUAUAGUGAACCUAAAAGAGUGACAGUAGAGGAAAGACCAAAAGCUCAAGUGUCUGUACAGCCUGGUGAACAUGUAUUUGGAGGACAAACUGUCACUCUCACAUGUGACAUCAAUGGGGAAACAUCAGUCACUAUCUGGCAGUACAUCUGGAAUAAAGAUGAUUUAGUCAUCCAGCAGAAUAAACAACAGAAAUACACAAUCAGUUCUGUUAGUGAGUCUGACGCAAGUCAAUACACCUGUAGAGGAAAAGAGAUCAGAGGAUUACGAUCAUCAGACACCAGUGAUACAGUUACACUGACAGUAUCAGAUAUCCCCAAACCAUCUCUGACUGUUCGGCCACAGUCUGUGUUCACUGGAGACUCAGUUACUCUGACCUGUGAGGUGCAUCAGUCCACUGGAUGGAAGUUUAUCUUUUACACACCAUCACAGCAUGGAGACUAUGAAGCUUCAGGAACUAAAACAAUCAAAGUCUCUGAUGGAGGAGAGUAUAAGUGCAGAGCCAGAAGAGGAAACUAUAACACAUAUUACAGUGAUCCAAUAACAGUGACAGUAGAGAAAAGACCGAAACCUCAAGUGUCUGUUUGGCCUGAUAGACGAUUAUUCAGAGGAGAAACUGUCACUCUCACAUGUGACAUCAGUGAAGGAGGAGUCACUAACUGGCUAUACACCUGGUAUAAAGAUUCAAACUAUUACACUUACAGAUCUCAACAGAAAUACACAAUCAGUUCUGUUAGUGAGUCUCACGCAGGUCAAUACACCUGUAAAGGAACAGAGAUCAGAGGACCCUCAGACACCAGUGAUGCAGUUACACUGACAGUAUCAGAUAAACCCAAACCAUCUCUGACUGUUCGGCCACAGUCUGUGUUCACUGGAGACUCAGUUACUCUGACCUGUGAGGUGCAUCAGUCCACUGGAUGGAAGUUUAUCUUUUACACGCCCUCACAGCAUGGAGACUAUGAAGCUUCAGGAACUAAAACAAUCAAAGUCUCUGAUGGAGGAGAGUAUAAGUGCAGUGCCAGAAGAGGAAACUAUAACACAUAUUACAGUGAUCCAAUAACAGUGACAGUAGAGAAAAGACCGAAACCUCAAGUGUCUGUUUGGCCUGAUGGACGAUUAUUCAGAGGAGAAACUGUCACUCUCACAUGUGACAUCAGUGGAGGAGGAGUCACUAAAUGGCAGUACAGCUGGUAUAAAGAUUCAAACUAUUACACUCACAGUUAUCAACAGAAAUACACAAUCAGUUCUGUUAGUGAGUCUCACGCAGGUCAAUACACCUGUAGAGGAACAGAGAUCAGAGGACCCUCAGACACCAGUGAUGCAGUUACACUGACAGUAUCAGAUUUACCCAGAGCUACAUUGACAGUAACACCACACACAUCUGUGUUCACUGGAGAGACAGUCACUCUGAAGUGUGAGAUAGAAGCACAAUACAGAUCAUUACACUGGAGAUAUCUGUGGUAUAAAGACAGAACUGAAGUUUAUAAUACUCAUCCUUACACUGUAAAUACAAACACUCUCACUAUCAGUUCAGUUACUCAAUCUGAUCAGAGUCAGUUCAGGUGUGUAACAGAGAUAUAUGGACGACCACAAACUUCACAAACAAGCUCUGCUGUUCAUCUCAUUGUGAUCGGAUCAAAACCAAAAGCUGAACUCACAUCAGAUACUGAAGGAUCUGUACUGACGGGAAACACAGUUACUCUGACGUGUCGCAUGAAUCAGUUCACUGGAUGGAAGUUUAACUGGUAUCAACACACACAGAACACUGAGAAGACGACAACAGAUACAAACACCUACACAAUGUCCAAUGUUAGAGUUUCAGAUGGAGGUCAGUACUGGUGUAGAGCUGGAAGAGGGAAUCCAGUCUAUUACACAGACUACAGUGAUGUUCUGUGGAUCAAUGUUACAGAGAGUCCUAAAGCAGUUUUGAGCGUUGAGCCUGACAAACAGCUGUUCUCAGGAGAAACUGUCACUCUGAGAUGUGACAUACAGACUAAACAAGACACUGAGUGGACAUACAGCUGGACUGUAGAGAAAUAUAACCAACAGUAUACAGUCAACCGAUGCAAAACACAAGAGUGUAAAAUCAGAGUUUAUCACAGUGACAGCGGUCACUACACAUGUAGAGGAACGAGUGUAAAUGGACAAAACUCUGAGAAGAGUGAAGCUGUUACACCGACUGUAUCAUUAUAUAAACCCAAGACACUUUUAAGAGUUUCUCCACAGCAGUGGCUGACUGAAGGAGAUUCAGUGACUCUGAUGUGUGAGGUUAACAGAUCCUCUACAGGCUGGACAUUCAGCUGGUUCACUGAACACAAUCUCUCCUCAGGUUAUGAUCUGGUGUCAGACAGCAGUGGAGGAUCUAAAGGAAACUACACUGUGAGUUCUGCUGCUCUGAAGCACACAGGAGUUUAUAUGUGCGGAGCAGAGAGAGGAGAUCCAGUCUAUCACACACACAACAGCAGCACACAACCACUGUGGAUCACUGGUGUUUCUUCUUCAGUGUCUCUGAUCAUCAGACCCAACAGAACUCAACACUUCUCAUCUGAAUCUCUCUCUCUGAGCUGUGAGGAUCACAGGAACUCUACUGGAUGGACAGUGAGAAGAUACACAAACACACUGGAAAAUUCUUCAUCAUCAUCAGUCACAUCUACAGGAACAGAAUCUACAUGUACAAUCAGAUCUCUCAUCACAUCUGACACUGGAGUGUACUGGUGUGAGUCUGAAUCUGGACACAAACUUCAUCCUGUUAAUAUCUCAAUACACAAUGGUGAUGUGAUUCUGGACAGUCCUGUUCAUCCUGUGACUGAAGGAGAUUCUCUGACUCUUCACUGUUUAUAUCGAGAUAAAAUCCCAUCAAACCUCAGAGCUGAAUUCUAUAAAGAUGGAUCAGUGGUGCAGAAUCAGACUACAGGAGACAUGAUGAUCAUCUCUACAGUCUCAAAGUCACAUGAGGGUUUCUACUACUGUAAACACCCAGAGAGAGGAGAGUCUCCAAAGAGCUGGAUCUCAGUCACAGUCUCCUCACCUCGUGGUCUGUUAGUCGGAGUGGCUGUUGGAUUGAGCUUCAUGUUUUUGAUCAUUGUCUUGGUUCUGCUGUGGAGCUACAGAAACAAAAAAGGUAAAGUGUCUGAGUCUCCCUCUAGUGUCAGUGCACAGCAGAACAUCAGUCAGACAUCAGAUCAGAAACAAAGUGAAGACACUCCACUGCAGUCUGGUCAGUCAUCAUCAACUUAUGGAGAUUCUCAUAUUUAUGACUCAGUUGGUGCAGCAGAUAAUAAAAACACAAGCACAGCAGUGACUGUGAGCGGCCCCAGUGAUGAACUGUAUUCACAGGUCAACAUCAAGAAAAAGAAACGCAAGAGCAAAGACAAUGUAAGUGCAGAAGCUGAUCUCACCUAUGCUGAGAUUGAACUGAAGCCUAAGAAAGAAGUGAAGAAAAAGAAAGAGAAGAAAGAGAAUAACAAAGAGAGUGAAGACACGCUGUACUCAAACCUGAAGAUGAAUGAACAUCGAGAUGUUGUUUGUGGAUCUAAUGAUGUGACAUAUGCUCAGAUUAAAUAUAAAACCAGAAAAGAAAAACCAAGAAAGAUACAAACAUGGAAUAAAUAAUAAUAAGAACCUUGUUUAAGAUUUCAUUAUCCGCCCAAUCUAACAGUUUAGUUUUAAGUGAUAAAGAAAAGAGUUUUAUCACUUUUGUGAGUACAGCAUUUAACCUGAGAGGGCAAUACAUUUACCACUUAAUAUUUGAAAAGUUUAUUUCCAAAAUGAGAUUUAUUUCUCAUUGCAUUCCAGUUAAUAUCAAUCAAACUGCAGUUGUUCAGUUUUGAUUUAAGCCCAACUCAAAACAUACAGCUCACUAACACAAUCAAACACAAUAAAAGCAUGAUAACGUGAUAAAAACAUGAUAUCUCAUUUUGGAAACAAACUCUUCAUUUGCAGCCCUUCAUGUGAGAAUCUUUAAUUCUCUAAAAGCAAAAGCCUGUGUGACAUUAUAACAUGUGCAUUGUUUUUGAGCUGAUUGUACAUUGCAUUUAUGUUUUAAUACAGUUUUAUAUUUAAGUGUGGAGUGUUUUAAUACAGCUGUCCUGCUUUUGUAUAUGAUCACAAGAUGUCUCAUAUUUUAAUCUCAUAUAGAGUAUAAUGAUAAGCUUAAAGACACAAAUGCUUUUCAGGCACACAUUUGGGCAGAGGAAACAGUUCCUGUGUGUCAGCUGUUUAUCAUUCAUAAAUGCAUGCAUAUAUUCAGAUGAAAAACGUUAAUUUUGUUUAAUAAGUUGAGAAGUGUUUAGCGAUGUCCUCAAAAUCAUCUUUAAUAACUCCCACAGAGAAUAAUGUAUAUAACCUUGACACUGUUGCUAUUUUUCUAUUACCUGUGUUUGAAGUCUUUGUUGUUCUUUGUCUUAAAAUUUUGAAGCUGUUGCAGUGCUUCUGUUUUUUUCCUUGUUUGGCUGUUUGGGUUUUAUUAAAAAUAAUUGUAUUAAGAUC